AUGAGUACCUAUGAGCUUGAGCAUGAGCAUGAGCUUUGCUCUGGCUUUAUCUUCUUUCGGUUUAUUGCGAUCACGGGUAGCUCUUUACAGGGAUUGAGCGUUUUGAACACUUGUAGUAAUAUCAAUAUCAACCGAAGUGGAUGCGGUUGCCAUCCGGCUGUCAGCAAAACCAAGACGGCGUACAUUGCGCUAGGAAGCAACCUCGGGGAUCGCAUAUCUGAAAUCGAAAAGGCAUGCAAUGAGAUGACCAAGCGGGGCAUUCGGGUUAAGCGGACUAGUAGUCUAUGGGAAACGGAGCCCAUGUAUGUAACGGACCAAGACCGCUUCAUCAAUGGUGCCUGCGAGGUGGAGACCGAACUGGAGCCUUUAGGACUGCUGGAUGAACUACAAGCCAUUGAGCGUGAUAUGGGCCGCAAGAAGCUGAUUGACAAAGGCCCACGGAAUAUUGACCUGGAUAUCUUGCUCUAUGGCGAAGAAAAGGUUCAGAAUGAAAGACUUAACGUGCCUCACAUCGGUAUACCGGAGCGCGAGUUUGUCCUAAGGCCUCUAGCGGAACUAAUUCCGUCAAAGCCGCUCUAUGCAUCGCAGCCAUGGAAACUUGUUCAGGAUUAUCUGAAUGAUAUCACCCCUGGCGAGCCUCUAUCUUCUAUUACGCCGCUAUCAUCGACGCUGGCACCCUUAACGCCCCUUGUACAUAGCAGAAAGACCAAAGUCAUGGGAAUCUUGAACAUGACGCCUGAUUCCUUCUCUGAUGGCGGCCGUAAUAACUUGGAAAGCCUGUCGAAUACUGUCAAAGACCUAGUUCGCAACGGAGCCUGUAUCAUCGACGUAGGUGGACAGUCGACAGCCCCUGGCCGCCCUGAGGUGUCUGCAGAAGAAGAAGCCUCUCGUGUUGUGCCUGCAAUUGAGCUCAUCCGUUCUAUACCGGAGACUCGCCAUGUCGCCAUUAGCGUCGACACCUAUCGCGCAUCCGUCGCUGAAAAGGCCAUUGCCAGUGGAGCCGAUAUCAUCAACGAUGUCUCUGCCGGUGCUCUUGACGCUGAGAUGCUUCCGACGGUGGGCAGGCUUGGCAAAACGAUAUGCCUGAUGCACAUGCGAGGAAACCCGCAGACCAUGACGAAGCUCACUUCCUAUCCUGACGGGCUGGUGCCAACUGUUGCAACUGAACUUUUAUCGCGGGUAGCCGCAGCCGAGGCAGCAGGCAUCCGAAGGUGGCGGAUAAUCCUGGAUCCAGGCAUUGGAUUCGCCAAGACGGGUGAUCAAAACCUAGAAUUGCUACGUAGCCUCGAGGAACUGAGGGCGUGGCCUGGCUUGCAGGGCCUGCCAUGGCUUGUUGGCACAAGUCGGAAGAGUUUCAUAGGCAAAGUGACGGGAGUGGAAGAGGCAUCGCAGAGGGUUUGGGGUACGGCGGCAACGGUGGCAGCAGCAGUUCAAGGGGGAGCGGAUGUGAUACGUGUCCACGAUGUUCGGGAGAUGGCCCUGGUAACAACGAUGUCGGAUGCCAUCUGGAGGGCGCGAGACUGA